AUGACGCCAUUAAGUUCAUUAGGGGGCUAUGUAACAGUUACCCAGGCAUUCAAUGGCUCUAUUACAAUACCUACGACGAUAACGUUGCCUCCGAGCGGCACAAAUCCAGGUAGCGUUGUCAUUAUUACGCCCACAGGUUCGACUGGAGUUUCCUAUAUAACAGUAACUCAGCUAUUGAGUGGUUCUCUAACAGUGCCUACAACUGUCACAGUUCCGCCUAGUGGCACAAAUCCAGGCAGCGUUGUUAUCGUAACACCAACAGGUUCAAAUAGUCUAAUAACGAGCGUACCGUACGUCACCCUAACUCUAGGUGUAUAUGGGAUUGCAGGGACUACUACUAUUACCAUACUCCCGUAUGGAACUUCUCCUGGAACUAUUAUGAUUCAGACUCCAGUAGCACAACCAACAGGCCCAUAUACUACAAUUACACAAGGUGUUCUUGGGCUCUUAUCUACCACAACUAUCACUAUUCCGCCUACUGGGACCUCACUAGGGACUAUUAUUAUAGAAACUCCAGCGACUUUCACGCCAACAGCAACAGGUCCAUAUAUCACAAUAACCCAAGCUGUUCUUGGGCUUAAUUCAACUGCUACAAUCACGAUUCCACCUACUGGAACUAUCCCUGGCACGAUUAUUAUCGAGACACCGCCCGCAGCGGUUACUGGACCAUACGUAACAAUUACUCAGGCUGUUAUCGGCUUAACCGGGAUACUGACUAUUACUAUUCCGCCUAUAGGAACAGCUCCUGGUACUAUCCUUAUCGAGACUCCACCAGCUUCAUACGUCACUAUUACACAGCCGCUUACAGGGAACCGUACGGAAGCCACUACCUUUACGCUCCCUGCCAGCGGUACUUUCCCUGGCACUGUUUUCAUCCAAACCCCUAUGCCAAGUUAUGUGCCUAGUUAUGUUACAACUGUUAUUCCCUUUAAUGGCACAGUCGUAGCGCCUACGACAAUAACAAUUCCACCCACAGGAACAAUGCCUGGAACCGUUGUUAUCCAAACACCCCCUGGGGCUUGUACUGCAAUUCCGACGGCAUGUAUUCUUCAGUAUAAUUCUCUUAUUAACGUGGAUCUUUACUCUGACCCUUACUAUGAUCCGGUAAGAUCCUUUUUUAAUGGUGGCACCGGCGCGGGCCCAGACUAUUAUUUUAGCCAGAAGCCCCUACAAAGGGGUAUUGGCAACUCACUUACAUUGCCUCGAACAACUAAUAUCUCACCAAAUCCCGGCGCAAGAGUUUACUACGCUGGCAUGACUAUUCCGGCUGAUAACUUUACCCUAGUGUGGACUGGCUACUACUACGCGCGUACCACAGGUGUUUAUAGAUUUUGUGUUAAUGAUGUCGAUGAUGUCGACUUUUUAUAUAUGGGAUCAGAUACUGCCUUCCCAUGCGGCUCGCCUUACAGUCCACCGCGUGGUGCAAGGGCUCUCCUGGGCUCCACAUGCUGUUAUGUUGGAGGCGCACAAAUUUGUUCAUCAAUAACACUGUUUGCAGGCUACUUUUACCCUAUUCGAUCCGUCUUUGGGAAUUAUGUAUCUAAUUCAGCACUUAAUCUUCUGGUCUCGACGCCUGGAGCAGGUUUCACUACUGAUGUUUCGAGAAAUAUUUUUGCAGCUAAUUGUUAA